AUGUCUUCGAAGCUAUCGAACUUUCAAUGUCCAGGAUAUCAGUGGUCGGAACGAUGGCACACCUCAAAACUGCCAAUGGCGACGGUUGAGGGCAAGAAGAAAACGACCUCAGAGGACGACAUGGGUUGGCCGUCGUAUGUGGUCCCCGUGGUCGGAAGUGCAAUCGUUUCCACCCUGGCAUUCCUUCUGGGAUCUCUUGGCUACUCCUAUCUAUGGAUUAUUAUCAUAAUUGCUCUCAGUGUAACUAAAAGUUAUCUUUGGAAAAAGAGGGAGAAGAAGUUACUUGGAUUACGUGCCACAGCGAUCAGAGAACGUGAUGUGGUUAUGGCUCAACUUCAAGAUCUCCCUGCAUGGGUACAGUUUCCGGAUACGGAAAGAGUGGAAUGGAUGAAUAAGGUGAUACAUCAACUCUGGCCAUACAUUGGCGAAUAUGCAAAGGUUUUCAUGACAGAUUUCGUUAUUCCUCAAGUCAAGGCUCAAAUGCCGUCAAUGUUCAAAAACUUCAAGUUUACAAAAAUGGACAUGGGCGAUAUUCCGUGCCGUGUAGGAGGAAUAAAGGUCUACACCACAAAUGUUGGUCGAGAUCGUAUCAUAGUUGAUAUGGAUGUAGCUUACGCUGGUGAUGCGGAUUUCAUCGUGUCCUGUUGUGGAUUCACUGGUGGAAUGAAUAAUUUACAGUUUUCGGGAAAACUACGUGCUGUACUGAAGCCUUUACUACCGUAUCCACCGAUGGUUGGUGGUGUUUCUGGAUCGUUUCUAGAAAUGCCGAAAAUUGACUUCAAUCUGACGGGAAUGGGAGAGAUGGUCGAGCUGCCGGGUUUAAUGAAUGCUAUUAGAAGUGUGGUUAAUAGUCAGGUGGCCGCUCUCUGCGUACUACCGAACGAGAUCGUCGUUCCUUUAGCGCCGAACGUGGAUGUCACCAAAUUGUUCUUCCCAGAACCAGAUGGUGUAAUUCGCCUAAAAAUCAUCGAGGCGAAAAAUCUGGAGAAUCGUGAUAUUUCAUUCAUACGGAAAGGAAAGAGUGAUCCAUACUGUGAAAUUCAAGUUGGUUCACAAUUCCUGAAAACUCGUACGAUUGACAACGAUUUGAAUCCAGUAUGGAAUGAGUAUUUUGAAGCCGUUGUAGAUCAGGCUCAUGGUCAAAAACUACGUAUAGAACUAUUUGAUGAGGAUCAAGGUCAGGAUGAGGAACUCGGGAGGUUAAGCAUCGAUCUGAAAGACAUUCAGGCUAAAGGAAGCGUGGACAAUUGGUUCCCGCUAGAAGGAUGUAAACACGGUGAUCUUCAUCUAAAAGCUACCUGGAUGAAUCUAUCGAAAGAUCGUCGAAAUUUGGAAAAACAACAAUGGGAAAGCGAAUGGCUUCAAGCUGAUAAGCCAAUCCAUCCAGCGCUUCUAAUGGUCUUCGUGGAUUCCAUUUCUGACCUUCCUUACCCUAAAUCGAAACUCGAGCCGUCGCCGUUCGUUGAAGUCACGUUGGGGAAAAAUGCGCAAAGAACACCAGUUAAGGUAAAAACCGUCAAUCCACUUUAUCAGUCCAAAUUUCUAUUCUUUGUGAGACAUCCAGAAGGACAAGAGCUAAAAUUUGAGGCAAUAGAUGAUGGAACACGUCGUGUGCUCGGAACCCUAACCAUGCCGCUGAAUCAGUUAAUCAAAGAACCUCAGCUGGAAUAUUAUCAACAAACAUUCAUGCUCACUUUAGGAGUCCACCAAAGCCCAAUCGUGCUUACUGUAAGACUCAGGGGCUUCGUGCCAGCAGCAGGGGAGAAACCAGACAACAUCAAUGAGGACGGUGAUGAAAUUCUAAUUCUUCACAAGAUCGGAUCAAAACGACAUGAAACUCGGCCCAGUUCUGUAAGCGGUUGCGCUCGAAACGGCGCAGCGGAGGCAGCGGUUGGACUCGUGAUGGGACCCGCGCGAACUGCAGCGAUGAGUGCCGCACUAACGAAAGGCGAAAGAAAAGCGGGUGGAAAUAGUGUUUUGGACAACGACACCCUAAUGGAAUAUGCAAACGCAGUUCACAUUGAGCGAGCUCCUAGAACUGACGGAACCCCAAAGAAACGAGAGAUGAAUGGUGGUGACUCAGUUGCUGUCGAGCCAGCAAAAACUGUGAAUCCUUCACCGGGACUGCUGGAUCCUGAAACGAAACUGAAUGCUGAAGAGAUUACCAUGCUUCGAUCGGAAUCCGCAACCUCUAUCAAUACAAGCUCUGGAAGAUCCAGUAGACUCGGCCGAGUGUUCCAAACAAAACAUGAAAAGUCAUCAAAAACUCGAGGAAAUCAACCUCGAGGCGAAUUAGAGAUGUCCAUUAGAUAUGCGGAUGCAACUAGGAAACUGGUGAUACAAGUGCUUCGGGCUAAACAACUGCUACCUUGGGAUAAAGCUGGAGAUUGUGAUCCAUACGCUACGGUGAAACUCAUAAGUAUAGAGAAUAGCAAGGAUGUUCAAAAAAGGAAAACUGCCGUUGUCAAGGGAUCAACUAAUCCAUCGUUUGAUAAUCAUUUCGAAUUCGAUGUAAAUCCAAGCGAUUUACACAACUAUCGGUUGCAAAUAUGCGUGAAAGACGAUACCAAUUAUGGAGCAUUUUCCGCAAAACCGAUUCUAGGCCAGAUCGAUAUUCGACUAUCAACAUUAAAUAAUUGGACGCUUCCACAACAAUGGGUUCGGUUAGAAGCUGAACGAAUUUGA